CGACACUUUUAUCCGGCCCACUCCCAUGUCCGAAUAGUUCCGUGCUUUCCACGGACUCUUUGCUCGACCACAUCCUCCCCCUCCUCACGGGAACUUGGAAUCGAGUCAGGAUUAAGGCCUUGGACUCGGACUCGGAGACUCGAAUAGACGUGGACCUUGUUGUGGUGGAUCCUACGUACUCACAUUCCUCGGGCCACCCCCGGGAAUCCUUCGUUCCUCCGCCAUGAGUUACCAACAAUCGGACAUGUAUCACGAUCCCUCCGCGCGUUCCCCUGGAUCCCAGCGGCAUCAACAACCCCUGCACCGCCAGCCCUCUCGCCAGUUUGACGCUUACGGCCCCAUGCCUGUCAAUCUCUACGAGGAUCAAAUGGCCCGCUACGAGUCUGCCCGUCUCGAGCGUUUGAACCCUUCGCUCCAGAACAACAACUCUUAUGCCUAUGAUCUGUCCGGAUCCCAAACCUGGAACCCGAAUGGCUUCGCUAACGCCCAGUCCCUUGGUGGGAUUCGGUCGGCCUCGGCCAGCUUGAAGCCUAAUGCUCGCGGACGCACCGGUCUGCCUACGACCUGGCUGGAUCAGCAACCCGGUAUGCCCAACGCUUUCUCAAACUUGGGCCCUGGCCCCAUCCAGAGCAGUGCGAUGCGCCCGGAAGCAUCGGCUUCCUCCGAGGGCGACGACGAACUGAUCCCAACUGCGAUCGUGAUCAAGAACAUUCCGUUUGCUGUCAAGAAGGAGCAGCUGGUGCAGCUCAUGACCGAGCUGAACCUGCCCCUCCCCUACGCCUUCAACUACCACUUUGACAAUGGCGUGUUCCGUGGAUUGGCUUUUGCCAACUUCACUUCGGCGGAGGAGACUGCGACGGUGAUCGAGGUCCUCAACCACUUUGAACUGCAGGGCCGCAAACUACGUGUAGAGUACAAGAAGAUGCUCCCCCUGCAGGAGCGGGAACGCAUCGAACGGGAGAAGCGGGAGCGCCGUGGCCAACUGGAAGAACAGCACCGGCCCAUGGCCUCGUCCCAGCUGCAGACGCAGAGUUCCAUGUCCUCGCUGACCUCGCAUAUCCCGGCCACCUCGCCUUCACCCGUCUCGCAACGCGGUCAGAAGCUGGGUAAGUCAAUCAGGCACUUCCCGACAACCGACAGUGACCUGAUUGCUCAUCAACACGAACAAGUAGAGGUGGAUUUGAACGAUAGCCAGACUCUUUCUUACUAUUCGCAAUUGCUCCUGUUCAAGGAGGACACCGCCCGUGAUUCGGUCAUCUUCCCGCCCAACUUGACCCCAUCCCAGCGACGCACGGUUCACACUCUGGCUCACAACAUGGGCUUGGGCCAUGCCUCCCGCGGUAAUGGUGAUCAGCGCCAGGUUCAGGUCUUCAAGGUGGCGGCCGGUACCAACGUCAGCCCCCCUCUGUCGGCCAUCCCGCCCGCGGGACAACCCGGUGACAGCGCUCGCCGUGGUCUCAACCGUGCGGCUACGAUCGACUUCAGUGAGGCCCGUAACGAGGGUGGCCCCGGUGCCUUCAACACCCUGCGGGGUCAGACUUCUAGCUUCCUGGGUGUGAUGGACUCGCCUGGUAACUUUGCCAACACUCAAAACCUGCGAGCCGCCAAGUCUUUUGCCGACCUGCGCUCGUACACUCCGUCCCCCGUCCCUUCCUCCGCGAGCUUCCCUGCCGCCUUGCAGUCCAACGGAACCCGUCUGCAAUACGAGGGUGCCCCGACCGGCACCUCCAACACCCCGACUCUGACUUCGGCGCCGUCCGGCUCUUCUCUGGGUAUGCAGCGUGAUGAUAACCUGCUCGUGAACAGCCUUGGUGGCCUGUCUCUGGGCACCGGCAUCGGAGGCCCCAACUCCAGCCCUCGACGAUUGCGUGGUAUGUUCUCUUGGGAGCAGGAUAGCCAGUCCUCGGCGGCUGGUACUAUUGGUAGCAACCGUGGCAUGGGAAUGGGUUUUGACAGUACCCAGCAAGAGCGCAUGCCGAUCCGACAGCCCCGUGGCCCGACACCCGAGAAGGGCACCGGCUUCCGCCGCCAGAACGGUCAUCAGGCCCGUGGCAGUGAUGAGCUUCGUGCUACCUCGGGGGUUGAGAUCAUCGUGGAGUAGACGAUCACGACCCUCCUCCUUAUAUUCUCGAAUCACACCACCUCCCCCCAACCCGAUCCCCAUCCGAGAACCGAACCGACUGCUAUACUACCAUUAUACGAUUUUUUGCCCGUUACCGUUGGAACCGGGGGAAGAAGGAAAGAACAAGAAAGGGAACCGGAAAAGAAUCACCCAUUUUCUCCGUUUCUGUAUAACCUCUUUUCUCUUUUUUUUGUGCAAGACGAUGGCGACUCCCUUCCCCCUUAUUUUUUGCCAGCAUCCGACUGAUUUGCCGCGAGACGAAUACGAACGUGUAUCACGAGGCCCUGUUCUGCGAAUUACCGGCUUACGAUUUCGAUGAGGGAUGACGAGAUGACAAACACGCCCCCAAAAAGACCAGAAAAAUCCAUUUGUGUCGCUGAUCUGAUCUACUUUACUCUUUUUUUCUUCUUUUUACUAGCCAAGUUUAGACGUUUUAUUUUUUUCUGUUGUAUUCUGGGGCAGCCCAACGAUCCGCACUUGCACUUCUGUUUCUGCAACUUGCACCUUUUUUGUCUCGAGUCCUCCAUACACCCACCAUGGGGAUGAUUUGCUCUUCGGAUCCUUUCUCUUUGGAGAAUGUUCGAGGCCAUUGAUCACCCCUUACUCUUCCAAUGAAUAUCUGGACUUGAUUCUGUUGGCUCUGUCUUUUCUUCUUUCUACUUUUGUCUCCUUUUUUUCUUCUUUUCCGUCUUUUUUCUCUCUUCGCCCUUUUUUUCCCAACCCCGUUUCUCUACGGGCGCUGUUUCUUGCAUGCAAAUCUUCUCCAUGGCUUUGUUACUUGGCUCCUCCCCGGACACUGCAACCCUCGGAUUUCUCUUGGUGAUCGCUAUCGUUUCGCCCAUGAUGAUGAUGAUGAUCCCCAGACUUCCAGAUCCAGUGCUCUUUGGUGACGCGGGACGCAUACGAAGAAUGACCAAAAGAACCCCCGUCCACACGACGGGAGACACGACAAUCUCAGCAUUUGCAUAUUUCUCUCUGCCCGUUCUAGUUUGUACAUGGGGGGCGAUUUUUUGAUCGAUUUAAUGUUUGGCCCGAUUUUUCCCCACUUGUUUUUUCUUGAUGCCAUCCGUAUCUGAUCCCCCUGGUGUCUGACGUGACAUUCAGGGGAUCGGAGCGGUGGUACUUCUUCAUAUUUCUGAUGGGGCAGCGGUGUUCUUACUUGAUUCUCUCUUCUCUUGCGAUUUUCUGCGUGAGCUGACCGGCGUUUGGACGCUGUUUCCAUCUUGCAGACUCGAAAGAGGGUUGAGGUUAGGUCACUUGAGCAGGGGUUUCGGGGUUGACUUUGUGGCGUUGCCUAGAUCUCUGUUAUGAUACCUUCAGCUGUGCAUGUAGGUAUUCUCUAGGUUCUACUCUACCGUGUUGAUCCCGGAAUCUCCAUUCUUCUCUAUAUCAGUUUUCUUGAUCAUCUUGUUCACCGGUUAGGAGGCUUUUUUUUGAAUCUUGUAACUCGAAAUUUUGAAAAUCCUUGUAUCUUUUAGUCGGUAUCGUGUCAGUAGAAAAGUAUAGGUGUGUAAUAAUGAAUCCAUCCUGACUUGUUUCUCUAUAUUUGACCCCUGAGAACCGCAAUCCACCUACACAAGCCUAACCCAACCUGAAACCCGCC